UACAUCACAAAUGUAUGAGAUUGGAUUUUAAACACAAAAACCAAACAAACCGUCCAACAUUUUUGUUUUUUUGAACGGUUGUCGUUGUCUGUCUUGUCGUGUCGUACCGUUGGUAGCGGGUGGUCAAAACUCAGAAAAACGAGAUGCAGAACCACCAAUCAACAGCCGCCACGUACACCACCAUCCCCAUCUCAGCUUCUGACGUCAUCUCUCGCUCCAUUCACAAUCUAACAGCCACCCUCUUCCGUCACCUGCGUCCCUGGCCUCAACUCUUGGGCUCCGGCUCCGGAUCCUUCUCCCGACCCCACUCUCACACCUUUGUCUCCCGUGCCCCGGCCAACCUCCGUUAUUUCCGCGCCAACUACUCCAUCGUGGUAGCCGCCACCUCCGCCCUCUCCCUCAUAGGUUCCCCGCUCUCCCUCCUCCUCUUCUGCGGCCUCUUCACUCUUUGGCUCCUCCUCUACUUCUUCAGAGAGGACCCACUCGUCCUGUGUGGUCAUUGUGUCAGCGAUCGCCUCGUGCUCUUCUCUUUGGCUUUCCUUUCGGUGUCGGCUGUCUGGGUUUGCGGCGUCCUCCCAAAUUUGGCCUUAGGGUUUGGGAUUGGGGUCCUCGUGUGCGGGGUCCACGCCCUUCUUAGGAACUCCGAUGGUCUCUUUCUCGAUGAGAACGACGCCGUUUCUACUGGAUUGGUCCACUCAGUUGCUGCUGCAGGGACUACAACUACAUGUGCUGCCCCUUCUCCGAAUUAAUUAGAAGGAUUUCUUUUCUUUUCUUUUUUGUUUUUGAAGAUGUUGAAUUUCAAUUGCAUUCUGAAUUUCUGAUGGACAGGUUUGGUUUGGUUUGGUUUGAUUCGUACUUUGCAUAGACUGUGGAGUGUGGAGUGAGGUUGUCUGUCCGUACUUGGUAUUUAGUUGGAUUGUAGAUCGUCAAUGAUGAACUUGCUUGCAUUGAAAUUGAAAUGCGUGUGAUUCUUUUCAAGGUUGUUCUUCCUUGCUAUUGUUGUUUGUUUAUUGCUUGCUUUUCUUGCAUCAGAAACCAGUGUCCAACUCUUAAUUUCGCUAAAAACUGAAAUGAAAUUAACGUUUCUUUCAUGUUGU